AUGGCAUCAUCGUCGGCUGCUCAUUCAACUUCCUCGCCUGAUCCUGCUCGGCAGAUACUCUCAUUCUAUACCGCACAGCUCUUCUGUCGUCUCCUGAUUCAUGCUGUCAGCAGCGAGCGACAGUAUAACUUCGAUAACUGGAUAUGGAAACCAACCUGGCAGGUCAAGUGUCGCAGCCCUGGAAGCGGUCGUCGCAAGGAGCGGAGGGGUCUCGGUCUGGACGACUCUAUCCGCUCUUCCGGCACGCUCUGGAUCCCUCAUAGCCACUUCGAUUGGCAGAGAGGUCACAUCUCGCUCGAGCUGCUGGUGAAUAUCUACAUGUCUCGAAGCCCCCUUCAAGCUAAGCUAGCCCACCAGGCCAAUGUUCAAGCACUUGCCACGAACCAAGUGACCACCGGGUUACUGUUCCAACGGCUAGUUCGAAAUGCUCGGACAGAGUACGAUCGGGGGCGCAACCGGGACGCAGAGAUUCUUGCCGACCGUGCCGUCGCUCUUGCGGUGGAAGAGAUCGCCCGUGCUUAUCAUCAGCACUUCCUCGCCAAGCUGCACUCGUACUGGGAUCGACUCCGAGGUAAGAUCGGACGCCAGAAACUGCCGGUCCUGGAUCUGUUACAGCAAGCCCAGGAGGAAUCGGCAGCCGAGACUGGCCGUAUCCCCACUGCCCAGGCUGUUCACGGCAUCUACGCGGAGGCAUGGGACAAGUACCGUCAAGUUACAGCGGAUGAUGAUAGCGACGGCGACAUCAAUACAUCAUUGCGAUCUACUCUGCCUGAGGAGCUGCCUUGUUGGAUGACUACUCGUCGGCGUCUACCUCCCAAGAACAGCUGGUCUGGCUUUCUCUUUGACCAGAUCUUCUGCCGCCCCAAGCCACCAACCUGGAAUGCACUCUUCUUUCUCCAGCUCUACCGAGGAUUCAAGGAGUUUUGGCAGGAUACAUGUGCGCCGUUGGGCCCUUUCGAUGGUCGCUUCAGCCGCCAGAUCGGGUACUAUAUCCAGAUUGCAUUCAACUGUGACCACACCAAGGAAGUCGGUACCAGUCAUGCUCAGGGCACCUGGUACCACGCCAAGCCACCCUUCUUCCAGAUCCAGUACUGGGCUCCUUAUUUCUCUCCACCCCGCGUGCAAGAAAAGACAUCUCUGUCGUCCCUCUACCGUCGCCGCGCUUACCCCAAAGGUCUCUCCCCUCGGUCCACUCCCUUGAUUCCAUCACCCCGGUAUUUUCACGACCUUGAAAGCGUGGCCUGGCCGCACUGGGUCGAGAUAAUGCAUCAUUCGCAUCAUGAUCCAGAUGGUCUGCCCUUCGAACGCCGUAGCUCCAUCCGACGCCAUUGCAAACGCGCGUUGUUCCAUGUCUCCUUUCUUGCCGGCCCGACUUGGGGUAUAGAUAAGGAUGUCAACUUUAUCGUCCCAUGGUCUUUCAACAAAACAUCCCAUGGUAGUAGCAACGAGUGUGACAUCUUCCAUGUGCCUGUGGCUGAAACACAUAUCUCGAAGACAAUUGUCGAGGAUACGGCAAGCCAGCCAACCAUCCUGCUGCCCACCCGCGAUACUAUCAUCGGUUUGCUCGAUGCUAUAGAGACUCUUACUGGUCACUCUUCAAGCAUUGCAGAACGUCUAUCGUGGACAAAACGUCGACUCAAUAAUCAGGGCGAUCAAUACGACCUCCGUAGUCAUCUCGCGGCCAGGCAUCGGGAAGUGGGGCCAUCGACAGAGAGCCAGUCCCUCCUGGAACGGUUCCUUCACCAACGUGAGCCACCGGAAUGGGAUGUCGAGCCUGUGGAUGAAGAGGAAGCCGAGGACACGGAGGAAACGGCGGAAGAAGACAACUCCUCUUCAGGAGAGGAUAAUGAUCUGGAAGAUGUUGGCCUGAAUGACUUAGGAUUGUAUAUUGGCAAGGAUGUGCACCACUCAAUUCAAUCAACUAAAUGGCUCGGUGGCAGUAAGUUAACCUAG